GGGAACACAUUUUACCACUUUGGAAGUGUCUCUCGCGCAAACUAUUCAGUUUAGAAAAAAAUAAUAUUAGAAACUUUAAUAUCAUUUUAUAAGACCUAUCCAUAGAUAUCCCACACGUAUGGGUUUGAUGAAAAAAGUUUUUUUGAGUUUCGGUUCUAAGUAUGGGGAACCCCCAAAAUUUCUUGUUUUAUUUUUCUAUUUUUGUGUAAAAAUCUUAAUGCGGUUCAUAGAAUACAUCUACUUAGUUUCGGAAAAAAGUGGCUGUGACAUAAUCGGACAGACAGACGGACAUGACGAAUCUAUAAGGGUUCCGUUUUUUGCCAUUUGGCUACGGAACCCUAAAAAAGGCCAAUCACGUGCCACCGCGCUCCCAUAGAAAAAAUUAAACGGUUACCUUCGCGCGUUUAUGUCUUUUGUACCUACUACAUUUUUGUUUACUGAGAUAUUUACCAAUUUUCAUUAAUUAUUUAGGUUUUAUAGUAAAAAAAAGUAUUAUUUUAGAUGACUCGUAAAAAAAGUAUUGUAAAAAUAGUGAUAUAAUCAAGCUUUUCAAUCUCGUACCUUACUUAGGCAACUCAGCAAUCUGUGUUGCCUAAACACAGUACUGACUGAAAAGCUCUCUAUUAUAUCACGAUUCUAUAAAAUACCAUUGCGAGAUUUGGCGUUUUUUAGGUUAUAAAUUAUAUGGAGAUGACAUCUGUCACCCUACCCAUCGAGUUUAAAAAUACUAUAAAUAUUUAACUUGUUGUGUUAUCUGGUUAGCUAUUGUGUAGGUAGAUAUUAGAUAUGGGUGGGUAAAAUCAUGGAAGAUAAAAUAAUACCGCUUCCUGACGCUUUCUACUGAAAUUGAUACGAUUUUUACAAAAGGUCGAUGGCGAUGAUUACAUCGAGAAGUAGCCUUACCACGAGCUUGUCACUGACAUGCUCGCUCGUGCGGAGAUAUACCUAAGUGCGAGCGAGUUGUAUAGAAAGUAAGUUACGCAGACGUUAGCGAAUAUGUUAGUGUCAGGUCAAUGACAAGCUCGUGGUAGCCGUACCUGAUCUGAUUAUCGAAUGGAUAACAACGGUGGCAAUAGAAACUAGGUGAUAAAACAACCCAAUUUCAUUAUUAGUUUAGGUUCGUAAGAAUCACUUCGAUGAGGUGACUGUUGAAAGAAAAGUACACUCGGCGAUAAAACCUUAGGUAGGUAAAAUGAAAUUUUUGACAAAUAGUUAUUGAAGGAUUUUAAGGUAAAUUCGUAGCUCAGACUUUUACUAUUUUUAGAUACUGGAUAAGUAAACCAAACUAGAAAUUUAUAUUAAAACUCUACUUAUUCUUAUUCCACCUUUCUAUGUCAGACGCAUUUAACGCAUCUGACAUACCGACCUAUAUAUAUAUAGCCACUGCAGUGAUUCUAGAAAUGUUCGAUCUUGCCACUUUUAGAACAGAAAACAAUACAUUUCCGAGCAAUUGUGGCACAUAUUUCAAUGUCACUGUCGCUCUAGAAACGUGUCGAAAAUCUAUUGCUUUUCUUUCGUAAUAACAUUCAUCCCAUUACAGAAAUAGUGAAUUGUAGUUAUUGUUGCAUGAAAAAAUAUCGUGGUCCGAUGAAGUAGUAAAGUAUCUGGGGCGUUUAAGUUUGGCAACUGGGUGUUGCAGUGCGACACAGGAGGUACGCGGCACGGCGCGCCCGUGCCGCGGCGGUUGCGCGGGCGCGCUGUCGCAAACCUCCUCGCAGUUAGUUACGCGCGAGCGCCACUUGUGAAAUGGUCGUAUCUUAAACUAUUAUAAACCCUUUCAUACCCCGAUGGGUUUCGUUGUAAACAAAAAAUCGCGCGAUACGAACGGGACUCAAAUUUAUUGAAUAGACACUAAUUUAAUAACAUACUUAAGUAUUGGUGUCGACUGCCGACAUCGUAUUAUAGUGCUCGUCUGAAGUUCUGAGCGUCAACUUUAGACAUCACAUAAAUGUUUUACCUUCAUUUAAACAAAAAAAAAUAUCGGACUUCAAAUAUGAAGUGUAUAAAUAUUCAAGUGUUGGUGUUCGUGAUUAGCCUAGCGAUGACUUUAGCAAUGUCUAUUGAUGAACUGGAAGAUUUUAGUAACUAUCUAAAGGAAACAUCUCUGUUGGAUCAACCACUGAAAAAAUAUCCUUCAGACGAUAGUGACGACGUGCCAAUUUCUGAUCACGCCUGGGAAGAGAGUGGUCGAUUCGAGGGUGACUUGAUCCUCAACGACCGACAGAGGCAGCUUAUAGUGCAAGAUAUCGCGGAGGGGCUCUCUAGGAACGGUCUCAAAGAUAGCACUAAGCGAUGGCCAAACAAUGAAGUUAUUGUUUAUAUUCAAAGAGAGCAUUUCACCGGCGAUCAAGUUCAAGCAAUAUUGCGGGGCAUGGAAGAGCUUAGCCAAGCAUCUUGCGUCAAAUUCAGGCCGUAUAAGAAAGGGGAUCGAGAUGCCGUUGUCGUGCAAGGUAGCCGUCGCGGUUGCUUCUCGCAAGUGGGCUACCAGGGGGGCUACCAGGUGCUGAACCUGUCGGGCCGGCACCCGGUCGGCCGCGGCUGCUUCCGCCACGGCACGGUCGUGCACGAGUUCCUGCAUACGCUGGGCUUCUACCACAUGCAGAGCAGCCCCGACAGGGACGACUAUAUAGACGUCAUCUGGGAUAACAUCGUGCAACCGGCCAGACAUAAUUUCCGGAAGUACAAUCUGUUCUCCGUGUCGGACUUCGGCGUUGGAUAUGACUACGAAAGCGUGCUGCACUACAGCCGCAAAGCGUUCUCCUCGAAUGGCGGCGACACGUUGGUGCCUAAGAAGAGUGGCGCUGAAAUUGGACAGAGGAUAGGUCUCUCGGAUAAAGACAGUGCCAAGUUGAACAAGAUGUAUUGUGACUCAGACUCGAAUAACUUCGAAGCUGCGGACGACGUGUCACAUACUGUCAUUAAAAAGAAAAAGACUCCCAAGAACAAGCCUUUUGAAGGGCAUGGUAUAGGAUAUCACCAAGGUAAAACUGUGGUUUUUAAACUGCCUGCAGCUGAAACUUAUCGAUUACCAGAACAGCCGUCAAAUAUCCUGUUUGAUUAUUUCAGUAAAGCGCCGCAAGCCAUGCCACCGACGCUUAUUGAAGGAUUUGGAGUUGGACACGAAAUAGCUUAUUCGUACAAAUUGCCUGCUGGGUAUCAUGUAGCCGAACAUAAAAUCCCAACGUAUCAAUAUCCAACACUGUUCAAUAGAACGAAUAAUGCAGCAGAAUCUACAUUUAGACAACAUGAUAUACAAAAUAAUAAUGAAGACAUGAAGCCUUCUAAUAAUGCUGAUAUCGGGAAUAAAAAUAAGGAAACGAUAGAGGACUUCGACGAGAAAGUGAUUAAAAUACAAGCAACCAAAAAUGCAGAUACAGGCAAUGAAAAUGAUUAUACCAGUGCAUACCAGCCUAACAUCGAUUAUUCAGAAUUUUAUAAUCCAGUCAACAAGCAAGGAAUUGGGACCAAAACAGAUUAUUAUCUUAAUUACUCGCCAAAAUCUCAAGAAAAUCUUGAACACGGUACCAAAGAAAUAACAAAUUUAAAAUUAACCAGGCAGUUUAUAGAAACACUCAGGGAACCGAAAUCAAUGCAAUCCCGUAAUCGUCAUAAUAAAGAACCAGAACAGUUGUAUCAGAAUGAAUUUAACAAUAAACGUGAAAUUGUAGAUAAAUCAAAACCAGUUAAAAAUGAAAAAAAUACUCCAGGACAUGAUUCAUCGUUUGGUUAUGUGAACCCUAGCACAAAAGAGAUAAAAAAUAUUUAUUUUAUCAACCCAGAUUACACUUCCAAAAAAUAUUUGGAAAACAAGCAUGACUUCAGUAGCCUCUACUUCCCCAACGAUAAUAUAAAUAAAGAUCCUGCAUCCAGAAAUGCGCAGUAUAAAAUGUUCGGCGAAACUGUUCCUUUAACAAUAAACUAUACGUUCAAACAAAAUAGUCCAUUCAUACAGGGGGAAACACUAAAUGUUCAUACUAAUUUAGAUGAUAAUGAAAGAAUAAAUGAGGGUGUGAAAUAUCCAAACUACAAGACCGACGGUAACUCUGACGAACAAUAUAGUUAUGAAGAUUAUGAACCCCAUGACACGACAAAAAAUACUGACUUCCCGCAACCAAUAUCUAACGAAGAUAACUCGUCACAAACUUAUGAAGUGACUGAGAGACUUUCGGAAAAGGUAGAAUUAGUAACAGAAAAAUCUAAUUUUUAUUCUAAAUCACAUGAUGAUGAAACAAGGUUGGAAAAGCGUCUACCUGCCAUUCUAGAAAAGUAUGUAAGUUAUGAUAAUUACGAUAUAACUGCUCCGUUAUACGAUACCGACGAAUAUUAUAGAAAAACCUAAAGUAUAAGUAAAGAGGUUUGAUUGGUUGAUUUCGCAAUUCAAAGAACACAAAAAAAAAACAGUUCGUGUAAAUCUAAAGUCACGUAGAGAACAACUUGCGCGACUUAAUAUGUAUCACAUAGAUGUCAUACACCACAUCAAUCAGCUAGACGUAUUGACUUGCUGUAGCAUUUAGUUAGGUAAUGUAAAUCAAUGCACAUUAUCGCAUGAUUUUGUAUAUUAUUUAAAUUAUAUAUACCUACUUGUAAUAGGUACCAACAGUGCCUAAUGUACAAUAUGUACAUACGUAUCUGAUAGUUACAAUUAUAGAACAUAUAUUUUAAGUAUCUAGCCACUAGCCAGUAAUGUUAUGAUGAAGUUGCUAGCCAGUUAUGAUUCGGGGUUCAGGUGUAGGUAAUAUUCUCGGUCGAUUACGUUGCAAAUAAAUAAAUAAAACAGGAUUUUAGACAUUGAAUUCCAACUAUUGAUUUCGUGGUUUAUUGUUAUCGCCAUCGCCAAAUAGAACUACUAUAGGUACCAGAUGCUUCCAACCCAUUUGUAGUUAAAUACAAAUAUGUAAAUAA